AUGGCUUCAGCUUACCGGGCCAGUGCUCGAAUUGUUGAAGAGACAGAGCCCUCUCCUUUGUCCGUUGAAACGGCGUCUGAUUCGUCUGAGUCUAUUCGAUCUUCAAAAAGGCUGCGAAUAUUAGAAUCUGAACGCGUUACCACCGAGGAACCUGGUACAUUUGCGAAAAGACCGCGGAGACAGAAUCACGCAUCCACUUCGAACAAGCCCGAGACACCAGACACACUAUGCAAUAUCCGAAAACCUGAUUGCCCAAAUGAGACGGAUACCCUGCGUUGGGACCUGGUGAAAUUCAUCCAUAGCAAACCCGGUCCUGCUCCAAUGGAAGCCCAUACUCUGCAGCGCCUGCUCCAGGUCUUUCAACAAGAUCACAUGUCAUAUUCCGAGGAUGAACUGCAGGAAAAGGCAGAGCUCUCGGUUAUGUUACAAGAAAGAUGGGACGGGCCAACAAAAGGUGGCUGGCUCAGUAAUGCUGAUAUGCGUGCUCUAGAGUUCAUCUUGAAAGUACCAUUCAUGGAUCGUUCUGCUGUCGAUGCUCAUGAACUGGAAAUUUGUCGAGGGGUUUUCGAGUCCCGUGGCCCUAAAAGACCGAUGUCCUCUGCGGGCUUAAGACUUCUCAGUCGCGUCAUAAGGAAAUCAAAACCACGGGAUAUUACGGCAUUCGAUGAGCUUGAUACUGCCAUCGAAACUGGGGUGUCAAUGAGAAUACUGAGUGAACCGACGUGGCUGAAAUGCAUGGAAAUUUUAUCUCAGAUUCAAGGACCGGCUGCAAAUCAGGUGGGCAUAUCUACCCGCGGUCAACUAUGCCGAUCCGGGCAUAAGAGCCAAGGCCAGAUGCCAGAACGGUCCAUGCAAGCGAAAAGACUGUCCGCCUCAAAGCCAAAACCACCGGCUGCCUCCCCAAGACCUACUUUGUCUGAGGGUCUCAAACCAACCACACGAACAGAAUCAUCAACCGCAUCGUCGAAUCCAAAGCAAACGCUUCAUUUAUCCGAGAGUCUCGCGGCUCGCUUGUUUAAGGCUUAUUGUCACUCGGAAUAUCCUUACAUGCCAAUACUUGAUUUGCUCGCACUCAACCCAUAUCAAGCCCCUUCAAAAUCCAAAGGGGGUCCCAUUCAAAUCCCACCAGCUGGACCGUUGAAAUUCUGUUAUGCACUUGCCUGUUUAGGGAUUGAUGAUGUCCUCAAGCAUGCCCCAGAACUUUACCAGUCCGCGCGGGCGUCUAUGGCCUCAAUUGAGGAUUCUGGAGACUUGCUAAUUCUUGUGCAAUGCCUUGUACUGCAGAGCCAGUAUUUGCGGGCUGUUGGGAAUUUGACUUCUGCAAGGGAAGUCAUUGGCUUGGCCAUACAGAAAGCUUACACAUUGAGCAUCAAGGCAAAGUCAGAUGAGCACUUUGACCCUGAUAGUUCCUCACACAAGCUGGCAAUGCGCCUAUGGCAUAGUAUGCAAAUUAUGGAGCGUUCUCUGGCCCUAGAUCUAGGCAUUUCGCACCGUGAAAUGGACUCUAUAUUCAAUAAACCCCAUGCCUCUGAUACGUGGGUUGAUGGAAUACCGGGAAUAGCAGCGAACGACCAGAGUACAGGCAAAUGUCUCUCCAGGUUUUUCUACGCAUCUCGCGAUCUUCACAUCAUUAUGGUCGAGCUGUUUGAUUUUGAGGAACAGCUACGACUCUCCAACGGUCAAUGCGCCCUCAAGAAGAUCAAAGAGGCGGAUAUCCAAGAGUUCAUGAGAAUGGAAAUUGAACUUGAGGAUUGGCACGGCUCACUUCCUACUGUUUUGCGAGCCAUUAGUCACCUCGAUAGCCCCAGUCCAUUAGUUGGCAGGCUACGCAACGUGCUGCAUCUGCGAUACCUCUAUCUCAGAAUUCGUCUCUACCGACCCCUCAUGAUUCUUGGCGUUGCUCUUUCCAGGACCUGCGCGUGUGGUUCAAAGCAAGGACCUCAUCUGGGACACCAAAUCCAAUAUGGAAAAAAUGGCAUAACUGGCCUCAUGAUCGUCCAGGAUGCUUCUUUCAAAUGUCUGCAUCUCGCCGAACAACUCACAGAUCGAUUGUGGGAACACAAGAGGUCCACGUCCCCACCUACUGACACCCCGGCAUGCGAAUACGUCCAUUAUGCAUAUGCCUGUGGUCUAGCCAUGAUUGCAGCUCGUGGCCUUCAUUUUAUCACCGACAAAGAGCCACCAUUCGACCAUGCGGAGAGAUUCGACAGAAUUCUCAAUCUCCUCGAAAUAGGGGAGAACAACAUGGUAGGAAAUGAAGAUCUUAGCAACGUUUUUCGAGUAUGCCGGAAGGCGUUGCAUGAUCUUUCGAGGCUUGCUGGUGAGGCGCACAAGUCAGUGUUGACUUCCCAAGAUGUGGACUUUAACAAGCCGUCAUGGAACAAGCUUUAUGCUAGAAUCAGGAUUGAUCCUCCAACGUCUCCCGAUCCUCGUCUUCCUGACAUGUCCAGACUCCUUGGUUGGUUUGAAAGUUUACCGGUUGAUUUGAUGCCAUGA